AAACUUACAACCAAAAACUAACGAUGGCUAAGGCUGCCGCCGGAAAGAAGGCUUCCCCAGUGAAGCGAGUCAAGAAGGGAGGAAAGGCCAAGGACCCGAACGCCCCGAAGCGCGCCAUGUCCGCCUUCUUCUUCUGGAUGCAGGAGAACCGUGAGCGCAUCAAGAAGCCAGGUAUGGGAGUCGCCGAUGUCGCCAAGGCCGCCGGAGUCGAAUGGGGAAAACUCACCGACAAAUCUAGAUGGGAGAAGAAGGCCGCCGACGAUAAGAAGAGAUACGAAGUCGAUAUCGCCAACUACAAGAAGUCCCAAUAGGCUUUGUCGCCCCCGUGUUCUGAUUCAAAUGAUACUCAACUUCCAAUCUAUCCAUCCAUACCCACUCUCUCCAUUAUUGUUCCACCCUGGCCUUGUGUGCUCUCAAGUCGAAGCCUAUUUAGAUCUCAAUAUAAUUUCUCGUUAGCUAUCGCUUGAACACAUUGUCCACCAAAAAAUACCACCACCACCACACAUUAUGUGCCCUCCACUCUCUCUCUCUCUCUCUCUCUCUCUCUCAACAAAACAAUCUGUUCCAUCAUUUUUUUUUGUAAAUCCCCCAAAAACUCCUGAAUUUUAUCCAUUCUGUUGUACUUUUCGAGCGAUUUCGAAUCGCACAUACCACCACCACCACCAACUCAAUAAAUGGUAAUUUGGCACAAAAA